GCACGAGACAUAAUAAAAGUAGCGUACAUCCCCUCAAAAACUGUCAUUUUCUCCUCCUCUCUCCUCCGAACUCUGCACACACACUAAAAACACACACUUACUCUCUCUCUAACCGAACCACUCCACCCCUCUCUUCUCUCUCUAAAACACCCAGAACCCACCUCAAUCUUCAUGAAAAAUUAAACCCCGAAUCAAGAAACUUCAAAAAUGGGCAAGUAUUUGAGAAAAUCGAACACAAAAUGCGAAGCACCACAGCACAAUUCCCCUCUUGGAGUGCGCACUCGGGCCAAAACCCUAGCUUUACAAACCCCAUCUGAUUAUCUUCAGCUAAGGAGCCGCCGCCUUCGGAAAAUUGUAAUUGGGGCUGAUUUGAAGAGACCCAGAAGGCAAAACCCCAAUUUUCGGGCAAGAUUGGGAGAUGGGUCGGUCAAUUUCGGGUCGGGUUGUGUGGAGGAGAGCGAGAAAGCGGGCCAAAAUAAAGUGGAGGGUGGAAUUGAGGGCUCUUUUGGGGAAAAUAUGGUGGAUUUUGAUGGCAGAGAAAGGGGUACAAGGGAGACCACUCCAUGCAGUUUGAUACGGGUUCCUGACACUGUAGGAACCCCUAGUUCUACUACUAAAUCUGUGAACAUGACUGACGGCAAUCGGACAACACCACAAAGUUUAGCUGGAAGAGACAUACCAAUGGCAAAUGACAUGGACACAUUUUUCUCCAGUGCUGAAAAGCAGCAGCAAAAGGAAUUUGUAGAGAAGUACAACUAUGAUCCUGUGAACGAUAAGCCUCUUCCCGGACGUUAUGAAUGGGUUAAAGUGGACCCGUAAAAGCCUUUAACAUCCUGCUGUUAAUCUAAUGUUAACUGUAUGAUAGUUGAAGAUGGAAGUGACUUCAUGGUGUUGGUAAAUUUAUUUUCCAUUACUCUUGUUUUACCUGUAAAGAUAGUAGGGCUGGUCUUGACAAAGUGUAGACUAUAGAAUAUAGAUGACUGAUCUGUAACAUUAUAGAGAUCUUGAGUUACAUACCAGAUACAAGGUCCUUUGUUUAACAGAUCAAUCUAUAAAGAGAGGGAGGAAAAGAAAGACUGCUAAUGCUAGGGUUAGGUAGCUCUAUUGUAAGUUUAAACAUUUUAGUCUAAGUGGGUACAAAGCUAAUUAUUAGAUGUUCUCUCUUGUUAACCUAGUGAUGUCCUUUCCUCCUCUCCUCUGUUGUCUAUACUUGUACUGAUGGGAACAGUUUUAAGAACUGCUUUAAUGAAUAAAAUUACCCUUUUUAUUUUCA